AAUUUUUUGAAACAUGCAUUUCAAUGUCGAGACAAGUUAUCCAAAGAUAAUUGUAUUUUGGAAUAUUCUCUUCCCUUGCGGACAAGAUUGCUGAAGGUUCUGUUGGCUUGUAUGGAGGUAUCUGUUCUAUCUGAAGCAUCUGAAACAAAUUGGACCGAUGAUGUUAGGAAGCACUGGGGCAUAAAGUUGAGCAAAUCAUCUUCUGUUGAGGAACUUUUGCAGAUAUUGACCCUAUUUGAGAGAUCACUACGGAGAGAUUUUCUGUCAUCGAACUUCUCUACAACAGAUAAAUUGUUGGGAUCAAGCAGUAUGUCAGAACGUUCUGUGCAGGUUUUAACUGAUCCUGAAUCUGUUGCUGUGCUUCCAUGGGUUCCACUAACGACUGCAGCUUUGUCUCUCAGGCUUUUGGAGAUUGAUUCAUCUAUCAGCUAUGUAAAGCUUAAAAGACUUGGUCGAGCCUUGUGAGGAGAAAGAAGCAAGAGAAUACAUAAAGCUUCCAUCAAGAUAUACUCACAUGAAAUCUAAUAGGGAGGUUGAACCAGAAGAAUUUGUCCAUGAUGAAUUCACUAAAGAUAAAUCUGUUCAUAAGAAAAUUGUACGAAGUGGCAAUAAACGUGGCCGAUGGACGAAUGAAGGGCAGGCACGAGGAACACAAGGACAAGGUGCUGGGCGAGGUCGCCGAACAGUAAGGAAGCGGAGAGUGGGAAAGAGAGCUGUUGAAGAUUUGUUGCUUGGCCAUACGACGGCCAGUCAUUGGGGUUGCUGCUGACAAUAUAACAGUGCUGAAGAGGUGGAGUCUGAUGACGACAAUGCUCAAGCUGUGGAAUAUGAUCAAGGAAACUAGGAGGCAGGUUUUAAUGGUCUUCCCCCCAACAGAUGGAGUAGGGGUUUGGUUGGAAUGAGUGAUGAAGAUGAUAAUGACAAUGGCAUUGAGGAGAAUGAAGAGGAGGAUUCAGAAGCAGAUGUUAUGAGUGAGGGUUCAGAUGGGAUCCCAAAUAGGGUAGUAAAUGUUGAAGGCUCAGACUCGGCUUUGUCUGAAUAUUCUUCUGAUUCAUCCAUUUUAAUUGGUCAAUGAAGGGAUUUGCACCUGAAGACUGCAUUCCAUUUUUGAUAUUGCAGCUUUACAAACACCUGAGCUCCAAGUCAUGUCAUGGCUUGAAGAGUUUGUGGUUGAGUAGAUUUAGUGUAUAUUAUCCAUGCAAAAUGGAGCCUUGUAUUUUUAGCCAACCUCAUUUUGUUUUUGUAUUUUUUUAACCUCUCCUUGUAAUAGAUACUCAUUAAUUAAUAAUUUUUUAUUAUACCUUA